CCCUGGGCCAGCCCCCGCCCAGCGCCAGGAGCCUCCCGGGGACUGGAGGGCGACCGGGCGGGUGGGUGGAGUGGCCGCCGAGGCUCCCUCUCCAGCCUCCCAGGGCGGCCCUAAGGGAGAGGCUGCGGGGCGGGGGGAGCGCCAGGCGCGCCUUCUUCGGGGCCUGCGGAAGCCCUCGGGGUUCUCUUCCGAGAGGGGCUCGGCUGCCCCACGUACCCAGGAGCCUCGGGCUGCCCGAUCCGGUGGAAGGAGCACCCCCCCCCCUCUGGGGCUCCUUCCGGGGCGCGCCUCCACCAGGACCGGCGCUUUCUGGAGGAAGCGAAACCGUCUCUCUGAUUUCGCCCUCGGCCUUCUCGCCGCAGCUGCGCCUCAGCCACGCAGGCCUCCUGGUGGUCUUGCGAGCCUGUCGCCGGUUGGCUCUCCCGAAAGGCUCCUCCUUCUCCGGUUCUCCGCGCGCAAGCCGCGGAGUCCGGUCGUGGGUGACCCGAAGGCGGCAGCCGCCAUCACCGCGCCGGGAGAGGCCCCGCCCCUUCCGGUCUCCGCCCACCGCCUGUGGGGGGCGGCCUCCCUCUCUAUGGUCGGAGCCGCGGGCGCGUCAUCAUCGCGCGCCGAGGCGGGAAAUUCGAGGAGCGGCCCUCUGUUUCCCGGCCCGCCGGAGGUCCCGGCCUUGGCGCGAUGGCCCGGCGCGGAGGCUCAUCGUCUUCAGGCAGCGACGAGGAAUUUGAGAACCUUUUCUCUAGGGUGAGAAUCCCCAGAUCUGCUUCAUGUUGCACACCAAGGACAAGAAAGAGCAGUUCAAAGGAGAAUUUUUUUAGCUCUCCUGAAGAUAAGCAUGGACCUGCAGCAAAAGAAUCACGACCUCUCCAUGCAGCAAAAGCCUCCAAUGGUGCUGGAAGGGCGCCUGCCUGCUCUGCUGGGUCUGUUUUCUCUCCACUCCCGUUCAGUGACCCCGACCGUGAGGACAAUCCCGUCUUUGUCGGAGGCCUCCCGGGGAAUCCCUCCCAUCGCCUGUUCCUUACCUCUCCCCGGAGGGGCUCUGCCGCUUCCUGGCGGAGGCCAGACGCUUUCCUCCCCCAGAGCCAGCGGCGGAGCUCAAGGGAGCUGGAGAGCUCCGAUGAGGAGAUGGAGAGCCUUGUGGUUCGCAUGAAGCAAAGGAUGUUCUUCCCCGAAGCCAAGAGGGCCGGGAGCCCGCAAAGCCCCCGUGAGGAGAGAGGCCUGGGGUCUUUCCUUGAAAGCCUAGCCGCGGCUGCCAAGAGAGAGGGCAGCCUUCCCUCAGCAGCCGGGAUCCCUGCUCCUGCUCGCGCACCGCGUUCCCCUGGGACUUCCAAGAGCACGGCCCUCGUGGAUAUCACUCAGUCAGUUACUCAGACGCCAAAGAGGGGACCCUGCCACGUCCAGGGCUGCUUCCUGCAGGAGUUGUCAGACCCAGAAUCCCAACUAGCAAAACAUUUCCGGAGCGAGAAGGAAGGGCUGGCUCAAAGGCUGUAUUCUUUUUACAACCGUUCUAUCUUUGAGGGAAAGCUGCCUGAGAGAAUGGAGAUUACCUGGAAUAAGAAGAUGCAGAAGACAGCAGGGUGCUGUGUAACAGGCCAGCUGAAGGAACCAGAGACGCAGCGUUAUGCCAGGAUAAUGCUGUCAGAAAAAGUCUGUGAUUCUGCAGAUCGACUUCGAGACACCCUCAUCCAUGAACUGUGUCAUGCGGCGACGUGGUUGAUCCACGGUGUUCGAGACGGGCACGGGCGAUUCUGGAAUUUAUAUGCCAAGAAGUCUGCUACGAUUCAUCCGGAGCUCCCAGUGGUCUCACGGUGCCACAACUAUGAGAUAAAAUACAAGUUUACUUAUGAGUGCUUACAGUGCAAAAACACAAUUGGGCGCCACUCCAAAUCCCUGGACACACAGCGCUUUGUCUGUGCUUUUUGCAAGGGGCAGCUGGAGCUUUGCCAGCCCAAGCUCAAAGAUGGCACCCCGGCCAAAGCCCCACUCGCUCCAUUUGCAAAAUACGUGAAGGAAAACUACAGUUCCGUGAAACACUCUCAGCAGGGCCUGAGCCACGGAGCCAUAAUGAGGAAGCUCAGUGCGGACUUCGCCUCCCGUACUUGAUGGAACGCCUGGCAGGCAGCUCCAGACCAAUGGUGGCAGAAUGAGGUUCUCUGAUGCAGAGGAGGAGACCGAGGCCGAUGGAAAACCAUUGUCUUAAUUCGGCCUUUUAAAUGCUAUUUGUAUGUUACAUGUAUUUGUAUGUGUUCAUUCUCUCCUAGAGCGUCGAAUCAAGCAUAUGUUAUUAAGUACUAAUAAAUUGUUCUGCUUGUAUUUUAUUUCUAAUUACAAUGAUGCAGGUGUAAAUAUUGCUGUGUUUCUCCAUAGUGGUGCCCCCCCCCCCCCAAUAUGUUAAAUUCCAUUAGCUCUAGCCUAUUUCUAGAAAUGCACACAAUCUGCAAAUUAGGUAUUUUUCCCAUCACGACCUGUAAUGGUAUGAAAAACUAGAGGAUUUGGACUUGGGCUCCAGACUGGAUGCGUUUCUCCCAUUCGAUAAGAGCUGCUUGUAAGCAUUCGAUUGCUGCCUCUGAGGCAGCUACUCAAGAGGUCAAACCCUCCAGCCAAAGCUUAACUAAGCUUGCUGACCAGCAUGUAAUGGUAUAACUUAGGAAAAGAUUUGCUGAAUCCCAUAUAUAUUUAAUAAUCUAUUAAGAAAGUCACUGGACCAAAAAAUGAGAUAAAAUCAGUGUAGCACAAUUAACUCUUGAUAAAUUAUGUGAGGUUUUGAUCAUUUAUUUUGGUACAAGUCAAUCUUCACAGCUGGUGGCUACAUAAUCAACUCCCUGCAGCUUUUCUAUCCACAAUGCUCAGAUAUGGCUUGCCAUUGUGUUCUUCCUAGGGCUCAUGAUGGCCAGCUCAAUAUAAUGCAGCUGGUUUUCUGUCUAUUGCAGGAAUAUAUGAUCUGGAUUCUAGUCCAGCACCUUGAAUCCCUCCACCAAACUGGCAAUGCAGCCUUGCUUUCCAAGGCCCUACAGAAGCACGUCUUUGCCAUCUGUUCUCUAGGCGAGCCUUGUCUGUCUGCAGCUCCUCUCUUUUGGGAGUCACUGGACUGGACGACUAGGAUGCGUCAUCAAAAGAGUCUCAGUUCUACUGCCAUAGAUCUGAUUAGUCAUUAACAGCCCUCCUAAUUAAUAAAAGGGUGUUUCAAAAGUCAGUGCUCGGAUAAAGGUAACCCUCUGCUUAAGAUCGUAAUUGGGAUUGGGAAGAGGGCUGUCCAUUGAGGCAGCCAUGGGACUAGAAGAAGGUUUCUGGCCUGUUUU